AGUUCAAAACUGUAUCACUUGUCUUAGUUAAUCAGCCAUACUUACUCUCCAUAUGGAGCAAUUUCUGGUGGGAUUUAGAUUCUUUCCGACCGAGGAAGAACUUGUCAAUCAUCACCUGAUGAACAAGGUACUUGGAUACACCAAUCACUGCAUCAUCCCUGAGCUCGAGGAUUUCUAUGCAUGGGAUCCUUGGGAUUUACCUAGACUAUAUCCAGGGAUUUUGAAUGUUCCAUCGGAUGGGUGGGACUGGUUUUUCUUCUGCCCUUCUCCUUACGUAGCCCAGAAUAGUGAGCGCAUCAAAAGGAAGACAAGGAGUGGUCAAUGGAAGAUCACUUGCCAAAGUGAUGACAUAAAAGCUCGAGACACCAAGGUUUUAAUUGGCACCAAGAGGAUUUUGGUAUUUAACAAAGGCCGUGUCAAGACCGGAUGGGUCUUGCACGAAUAUCACCUAAAUCCUGAACUCCUUAAUGGAUGCUCCUCAAUCUUCCAGAUUCCAUAUAUCCUCUGUCGCUUGAAGAGGAAACCAAGUGAAAGCUUGGAUACUUCCCCAAGUUUUGGAGUAGGUCCAAGUGUGACUGAUAACACUCCAGUUGCCUAUCAACAUGGGUCAACAGAAGACACGGAUGAGGAGUCAUCGCUUCAAGCAACUAUGGAAUCACUCCAUCCAUUUCAGACGCUCGACAACAACCUACCGGACUACAACUCGAAUACCUCUUUCAAUCCGCAGCACUAUGCAUACGGGUAUGGCCAGGUAGGGUGCACAUAGUCGCUUGUGGUGCAUACUGAUGGUUUUAUCAAUUGGUGAAACACAAACUAACCAUUCACUAAGUCCUAAUUAAACUGAUGAUCACUACGUUUCGUAUAGGGCAAUGAUUUCUGGUGAGCCUUGGAACGUGAAGAAUUACCACUAUUAGCUCUUCAACGAUGUGGCUUCGCAGGAUACUGUUUUAGAAAAUUAGUGAAGACUCCUCUCGAGCUCUUCAACAAUGUGGCAGAGUUUUCAUCUAUUGUAUUGAGUGUGAGUG